GGGACACCCUGAGGCAGCCAGCCCUUGAUUUAGCCUGCUGGCUGGCCCCCCACCUGCUAGCCUGAGGGGAUGAAGCAGCCCAGCCUACAAGGCCUGCCCCCUCUCCCCGACUUCCCUUGAUAACAAAGCAGAAACUGAAACUAAAAGAGGCUCAAGUUAGAGAUGAGUCACUUCCCAAAGUAACUGCAGUAACCGAGCGGUGACAACAGAAAGGCAGAAGAGAACUCGGGGCACGGGAGCAGACAGGACUUUCUGAGGGUCGCCAAGGAACAUGGCAGGCAGCCCAGAGGUGGUGGCCAUAGACUGCGAGAUGGUGGGCGUCGGGCCCCUGAUGGUGAGUGGCCUUGCCCGCUGCAGCAUCGUCAACCUCUAUGGCGCAGUUCUGUACGACAAAUACAUCCGGCCAGAGGGAGUGAUCACCGAUUAUAGAACCAGAGUCAGCGGGAUCACACCUCAGCACAUGAUGAAGGCUACGCCUUUUGCUGAAGCCAAGCUAGAGAUCCUGCAGCUUCUGAAAGGCAAGCUGGUGGUGGGCCACGACCUGAAGCAUGACUUCAAUGCACUGAAGGAGGACAUGAACAACUACACCGUCUACGACACGUCCACAGACAUGGUGCUGAGUCAUGAGGCCAAGGUGGGCCAUUACAGACGGGUGUCCCUGCGGGUGCUGAGUGAGCGGCUGCUAAACAAGCGCAUCCAGAACCACUGGCUGGGUCACAGCUCUGUGGAAGACGCCAGGGCCACGAUGGAGCUCUACAAAAUCUCUCAGCGACUCAGAGCCAGAGGCCAGCCAGGACUGUCCCGCCUAGGGGCAUCAUACUGAAGGUCAUCCUCUUCCAGGGACCAGAAGCUUCCACUCCUUAAGGACGGUAGUUUUCUACAAAUGAGACCCGUUUCUAAUAGCAAAAGCAAAAGCAAAGACAAGAACAC